CCACCUGAAGGCUGAAGCAAAAUAGCCAUCUCCAUGGCGGUCUGGAUGUGUUCUUCUGCGUCCAUCACCCUCCCACGGUUUCCCUCUUCGCUCACCCAAAUUGUGGACUGGAAGAAGAAGCUCUGCAAAUUUGAUUCCUGGAACGACCACAAGAAGGCAGAUUCUCCCCCGCGAAGUUCUUAUCGGCCAAAUUGUUCAGUUUGCUCUUCCUCUAACUCUUCUCCCUCUUCUGCUUGUUCCUCAAUUUUGGUUUCGGAAAUGUCUAGCGAGAGGUCGAAGAAGGUGUGGAUACUUACACAGAGCAAGCAAGUCAUGACUUCUGCUGUGGAGAGAGGAUUGAACACCUUCCUCUUCUUCCCCCAACAUCGAUUUCUCGCCGAAGAAUGGUCUUCAAUUGCUUUGAUUCGCCCGCUCUUUAUCAAGGAAGAAGAGGUUUUGGAUUCUGAAAAGCGGAGAAUCGCGACGGUUUUCGAAGUUUCCACCCCGCAAGAGUUACAGCUGCUGAACCCAGAAAGAGCAAAGGCUGAUAAUGUCAUCGUUGACUUAAAAGAUUGGCAGAUGAUACCGGCGGAGAACAUAGUUGCAGCAUUCCAAGGAAGUGGGAAAACGGUAUUUGCAAUCUCCAAAUCGGCUUCUGAGGCACAGACUUUCCUCGAGGCUCUAGAGCAUGGUUUAGGUGGGGUCGUUCUCAAUGUUGAAAAAGUUGAACCUCUACUCGAGCUAAAGGUUGGCUCCUUUGCCAGAGGACUAUUCCUUGUUCAUUCGGAAUGCUUGGAGUCGAAUUACAUUGCCAGUCGGCCUUUUCGUGUCAAUGCUGGUCCAGUGCAUGCAUAUGUCUGUAUACCUGGAGGGAGGACAUGUUACCUCUCAGAGCUCAAGGCAGGAAAAGAAGUUAUCAUAGCUGACCAGAAGGGCCGCACACGUACUGCAAUUACGGGACGUGUGAAGAUAGAGACCAGGCCUCUUGUUUUAGUGGAGGCAAAGAUAGAGUCGGAGAGUGAAACGACUUACAGCAUCUUCCUACAGAAUGCGGAAACAGUUGCCUUAAUACCCCCUGCUUGCAAAGGUCAUUACUGUCAUUUCAACUUUGUAUUAUUAUCUGCAGUUAAUGAGCCGCAACUAGUGACUGCAGUUCCUGUGACUUCACUGAAACUUGGUGACGAAGUUUUGUUGCGAGUACAAGGAGGGGCUCGCCAUACUGGAAUCGAGAUUGAGGAAUUCAUUGUUGAGUCUUGAAGUCAAGGUGUGGCCUUCUUACCUGCUCGGAAUCUUCGAGGAACAAGGCUUGGUUCUUGCAGUUGGAAGGCACCUUCACUGCAAGUACCCUAACAACAACAACAACAUAAGACCCUCCUCUGAUUUCCAUCCUAUGUCUGUGUUCUGAUCCCGUAGAGAUGUUCAAAGAAUUCGGAGAAGCAAGGAGUAAUUAUCGAGGAUUGGUUGCUUCCUAGACGUCUGCACUUUGGAUGGCUUGGAUGUUCAACUUGCUUCAUCCCAUCUGCACAACUGUCCUGCCACCUGAGUUGAAUAGUUAUUCUACUUUUCAUCUUCCUCAUUUCCCUUUACUUUGAUAUUGAAUUGGUAAUUAUAGUCAUUGUAUAUAGUUAAGGAUUCAAAUAUGUUUGAAUAUACUUGAAUAUUGCUGAUAGAUAAUCUGUGGGCCAGAUGGAGUCUCGAAAAUAGUUUGGAAAGUGACAGAGUACAAGCUGAAUUAUCCCAAACCCAACAUAAACAUUGCU